AUGAUAGCAAGUAGCAAUACUCUCUCCUGCAACUUCUGUCAUCUCCCAUCAAAAACCCCUUUUUCUCCCGCAAAAUCAUCACUUUAUCCUCCCCAAACCAUAUCCCUGUUCCUUAAAUCAAAUUACAGCUCAAGAUUAUCCGAAGUUUCACCUCUUUUCCUUGAGCCCAGAAAGAGUCGAAUCCAAACACGCCUUAGCUCCCUCAACACACAGACUCCACAAGAGCCUCCACUUAUUUCUUCUUCCGAUGAGGAAGAUGAGCUUCUUGCCGGCGGCGACAAUGGCGGCGGGCAUAAUGGGGAGGAGAGGGACUGGACGACGUCGUUCUUGCUGUUUGCUUUCUGGGCUGCUCUCAUUUACUAUGUUUCCGUCCUUGCUCCUAACCAAACACCGGUAACCGACUCGUAUUUCUUGAAAAAGCUGCUGAAUUUAGCAGGAGAUGAUGGUUUUCAAAUGAACCAAGUAAUAGUAGCUCUAUGGUACAUCAUGGGUUUAUGGCCUCUUGUUUACAGUAUGCUUCUCCUUCCAACAGGCAGAAGCUUGAAAAGCAAAAUUCCGGUUUGGCCGUUUCUUUCUCUGUCAGUCAUUGGAGGUGCAUAUGCUCUCAUUCCCUACUUUGUUCUGUGGAAACCACCAGCUCCGCCAGUUGAAGAAUCCGAGCUUAACAGAUGGCCAUUGAAUUUCUUGGAGUCCAAAUUAACUGCAGGGAUUACACUGGCUGCAGGACUAGCUAUUAUCAUCUAUGCAUUUUCAUCAGAUGUCGGUAUUUGGAAAGAAUUUUACCAAUACUUCAAAGGAAGCAAAUUUAUCCAUAUCAUGAGUAUUGAUUUUUGUUUGUUCUCAACGUUUGCUCCUUUUUGGGUUUACAAUGACAUGACUGCUCGGAAAUGGGAUGGUAAGGGCUCUUGGCUUCUUCCUAUAUCCAUAAUUCCACUUUUAGGCCCGGCCCUUUAUCUUCUGUUACGACCACCAUUGUCAGUAGUUCCAAUGGCUUCUGCACCAAAAUCGGAUGAAACAUGA